CUGACAAAAAAGAUUAUUUUUUGGUGUUAUUAUAUCUUUCUUAAUUGUUCAAGGUUUGCGUUUGGGGUUCCAACUACAAUGGCAGGUUGGGCUUGGGCCCACCUCCAACUUCAUGCUGGGUGGAUCAAUAUAGUCCCCGCAUGGUGACCGGCUUGGAAGGUGUUGUGAUUUCCAAAAUUGUUUGUGGAAACGAAUUCACUCUCGCCUUAUCUGACGAAGGGAAAGUUUACUCAUGGGGAGAAAAUAGAAUGGCGGGAGGCCGGCUGAGAAUUGUCAACACACCAACCAUCAUUUCAACAGAGAUGGGAAGGGUUAAAGAUAUUGCUGCCACUCAUUACGAGAGCCACCCGUGCUCUGCAAUCAAUACAAAGAACCGGGUUUACAUUUGGGGCAAUUGCAAUGGCCAAUUGGUUGAGACACCAAUGCUCACUUUCUUCUCCUCAUUGGACGACGUUUACGCUGUUGCCUAUCCUCCAGUGACCUACCAAAAAUUUCAAUUAUUGAAAAUUAUGAAAGAUGAUGACAAGAGGAAAGAUUCGUUAAAUGAACGUCUAAGACAAGCGUUUGACGAUCCCGAAACUGCUGAUUAUGCAUUCAUAUUCGAGAAGAAGAAAAUUCACGUGCACAAGAAUAUGCUGAAUUUCGGCAGCGACGUGUUCAAAAAAAAGUUCCUUUGCAAUUGGGAUGAUAGUUGCAAAAAGGAGCAGAUUGUCAAGGAACACAGCUAUGAAUCUUUCUACGCGCUCCUCAAGUUCUUCUACACUGAUCAAGUUGAUGUCACGCCUGAACUUGCUCUUGACGUGUAUGCCGUAGCCGACUUCUAUCAGGUGAAGGGUCUGAUGAACGAGUGCGAAAAGAUCCUCAAAUCUGGCCUGACAGUGCAAAACGCUGCAGAUGUUUACGAGAAGGCCAUCUUUCUUGGAGCUAAGGACCUGUGCGAGUUCUGCUUUGAAUUUUGCAGGGAGCAUUUGGUUGAUGUCGUAGACGAUUUUGAGACUGAUGAAUGCAAGAAAAAAUUUGUCUUGGAAGUUUUCCGUCGAGCGGCUAAUCAAGAGAAAAACUGAUGGAAUGCUUUUUUUCCAUUGACUAAUUGUCAUGUGCUAUGCAUGUAUUAAAAAAAUACAUGUUUUAAAGUUUUAGUGUGGCAAAAUAUCAAG